AUGGAUGUAGCUUCUUGUCUAGGGUUUCUUGACUGGCGAAGGGAUGGAAUUAGAGAGAUUAGGUUUGAAAAUUCAGGAGGUAUAUUGGGUUGGAGAUACGUUGUUAGUGCGGGUCUUUUUGGUCGUGGUUAUAUCAAAAUUUUUGCCCUCAGCUUCGAUGUUGCGGUUGAGUAG